AUGGUCAACGAGAGGGAACCGCCUAGAACGUCUUCCCAGCAGCCACCGGCACGUCCGGUCUUCGGUGUGCCCAACGAUGCCCCCAAGUUCGGCGAGGCCAGUCCUCUGCGAAACCCUCUGAAGCGGGACAAGUACUCCAACCUCUUCCACCAGCACAAGCCGGGUGUUUCACGUCCCGAAUUUCACAAAACAAACACUAGAGGAUUCAUUCCUGGUCAGCAGCAGAACGAGGAUGUCGUCGAGAUCCCUAAACCGUCGGCCCCGAAGCCGCACACCAUCGCUCCUACGCCUAGGCCCGUCUAUUCCUCCGCUCGCCCAGUGGGAGGUUUCCAGCCGAUCAACGAGCACGUCAUGCCCAGGCCCAUCGAUUUCUCGGGAGAGAAGAAGAAAACCCACAUCGACCUGACCAACAGCGAUGACGACGAGUUCGACCCCGACGCUGCCAUCCGUGACGACCGAUUCGGCGCGGUAGAUCCCUUCGCCUACGUCGAUGCGAACCAAGCAAGCGAAAACAUAAAGAACCUGUUGGAGGGCGCUUUCGAUGAUGAGGAUGACAGACCCAAGACUCGGCUGCGCAAGAGGAACCAGGCGAAGAAGAGCGCAGACGAAAAGGUCACUAAAUUGGCCGACAAACUGAAGGCCUUGGAAGUCAAGGCUGCAGAGAAGGAGAAAGAAGAAGAGCCUGAAGAGGAGGAAGAGGAAGAUGACGGCACUGUGGAUGGCCUGGCCGUCAAGCUUCUUCCCCACCAAGUCGAUGGUGUCUCGUGGAUGCUCGACAAGGAAGUCGGCCAGCGCAAGAAGAACGGAGUCCUGCCCAAGGGCGGUAUUCUGGCUGAUGACAUGGGUCUUGGCAAGACCAUUCAGGCUCUUGCUCUCAUCCUUACCAACCCCCGCCCGGAGCCGGAGGAGCCCUCGGAAGAGAAGCCCAAGGAUAAGAAGAAGAAGAUCCCCUUAACCGUCUGCAAGAGCACUUUGGUCGUCGCACCUCUCGCGCUGAUCAAGCAGUGGGAGAGCGAAGUCAAGACCAAGGUUCUACCUUCCCACAAGCUCAAGGUUCUCGUGCACCACGGCCCUUCACGUACCAAGCGCGCUGAGGACCUGAAGAAGUACGACAUCGUUGUCACCACCUACCAAAUUCUGGCUUCGGAACAUGCCGCCAGCUCAGAUGGACCCGAUGGUCCGAAGAUUGGCUGCUACGGUGUGCAUUGGUACCGCAUCAUGCUCGAUGAGGCUCACACCAUCAAGAAUCGAAACGCGAAGAUGACACAGGCCUCGUACGCCCUCAGGUCCCACUAUCGCUGGUGCUUGACUGGAACUCCCAUGCAGAACAACCUCGACGAGCUUCAAAGCUUGAUCAGGUUCCUCAGGAUCAAGCCGUACGACGAACUGAGCCGCUGGAAGAACGACAUUGCAGGACCGAUGAAGAACGGUCGCGGAAACCUCGCCAUGCGCCGACUGCAGGUCUUCUUGAAGGCCUUCAUGAAGCGUAGGACCAAGGAUGUGCUCAAGCAGGAAGGCGCCCUCAACCCCGGCGGAAAACCCUCUGCGGAUGGUCAGAAGAGCGAAGGAUUCAGGAUUGUGGGACGCAAGGUUGAGACUGUCAUUGCGGACUUCAGCCCAGACGAACGCAAAUUCUAUGACCGUCUUGCGGACAGAGCACAAAGCCGUCUCAACGAGCUCAUGGGUGGAGAGAAGGCUGAUUACAUUGGCGCUUUGGUCCUGCUCCUGCGUCUGAGGCAGGCUUGCAACCACCCUGAACUGGUUGGCGGCCAGGUCGGCAAGGACAAGGAUGCUAUCAAUGGCGCUGGCUCUGGUAUCCCCAAGGAGAUGCAGACUCCACGGAAACCCAGAGCAGAAGAGAACAAGGACCUGGAUGACCUUGCAGACCUGUUUGGUGGCAUCAGUGUGGAGACGAAGCAUUGCGACGUUUGCCAGAUUGAACUAUCCAAGGCCGAAGCUUCUGCUGGUGCUGUGAGGUGUGCGGACUGCGACGCUGACCUCGCAGAUCAGAAAUCGAAACACACGAAAAAGAAGCACGUAUCAAAGAAGAAGGCCGAGAAGAAGAUUGUUGAGUCUGAAGAUGAGGAUGACGAGGACGAGGACGAGUCCCCCAGGAAGCCUACCAAACUCAUGCGCAAGAAGAGGGUCGUUCUUGACAGUGAUGAUGAAGAUGAGGAGGGAGAAUGGCUCGUUCCUGAGGAUCAACGCGACGUUGAAGACCUUGGUAAGGCCGGUGGCACCGAUGACGAGAACGCUGAAGGUGGCGGUGACUCGCUGGGCUCUGAAGACUCGGAGACUGAUGACGACGAACCCGAGACGCCUUCAAAGACAAAGAAGAAGAUCAUCAACCUCGUUUCAUCAGACGAGCAGCAAACGGAAGACUCUGCCGAGGAGUCGGAGGAGGAAGAUGAGGACGAGGACUCCGAGGCAGAGACCGACAACUCCUCGUACGAUGACGAGGGCCUAGUCCCUUCGACCAAGAUCCGCCAGCUGCUGGACAUCUUGGAUAAGGAAACCCCCGACCAUAAGGUCAUCGUAUUCAGCCAGUUCACGUCGAUGCUGGACCUCAUCGAGCCCUUCCUCCGCAACGCAGGCCACCGCUUCACGCGCUACGACGGCAGCAUGCGCAACGACCUGCGCGAAGCCUCGCUCAACAAGCUGCGCAACGACCGCGGCACGCGCGUGCUGCUGUGCAGCCUCAAGUGCGGCUCGCUCGGCCUCAACCUCACAGCCGCGUCGCGCGUCGUCAUCCUCGAGCCCUUCUGGAACCCCUUCGUCGAGGAGCAGGCCAUCGACCGCGUCCACCGCCUCAACCAGACCGUCGACGUCGUCGUCUACAAGCUGACCAUCACCAAGACGGUCGAGGAGCGCAUUUUGGACCUGCAGGAGGCCAAGCGCAAGCUCGCCAACGCCGCCAUCGAGGGCGGCAAGGCUAUCAAUAAGCUCUCCAUGCGCGACAUCAUGAACCUCUUCCGCCGCGACGCCGAGCACGAGCACCCCGUCGACAACACGCACGAUAUGGAGUUUGGCGGCAAGGGAACGUUCAAAGGCGUGCUCGGGCGCGCGAUCGAGGGCCAGGAGGAGGCGGCGGGCGAGAUGAAUGUUAGGGAUUGGGCGAGGGCGAAGCCCCAGUUCCAGAAGAAGAGUAGCGGGCGCGCUGAACACUCGGUUUAUGGAAGGAGGUAG